AGCCAAUCAGAUCAGCGCGUAGACCAGCAGCUCCAAAACAUCCGUAAUGCCACCGAGGCUCAAAACACUGGCGAAAUAACCGGGUUGUUCUCGCUGUAGCUGCGCUGGUUUUGCAUUAAAUCGCGGUUCAGUCGCUUUGAGAGCGGAUUGAGAAGCGAUGGCUGACGGUGGAAAUGUUGCGGAAGGGGAAGUGGAUGAUGAUGAGCCGCCCACCAUGAGCUACCCACUGAUCACUGUGUCUGACCUGCCCAGCAGCACUACAACGGGCCGUAAUCUGAAAGAAUGGCUUCAGGAGCAGUUCUGUGACAAACCUCUGGAGCAGUGUGAGGACAUGCGUCUGCAUAAUGCCGCCUAUGUGGGAGACCUAGACACUAUCAAGAGCCUGUUGCAGGAAGACAGCUUUAAACAACGGAUCAAUGAGAAAUCAGUGUGGUGCUGUGGCUGGCUGCCCUGUACACCUCUGCGCAUAGCUGCUACUGCCGGCCAUGGCGACUGUGUAGACUUCCUCAUCAGCCAUGGGGCAGAGGUGGACCUGGUGGACGUGAAAGGUCAGACAGCUCUGUACGUGGCUGUGGUUAAUGGACACCUUGAUUGCGUUCGGAUCUUGCUAGAAGCAGGGGCAGAUCCAAACGGCAGCAGACACCACCGCAGCACGCCAUUAUACCACGCGGCCCGGGUGGGCAGGGUGGACAUCCUACAAGAACUGAUCAGGUUUAACGCUGAUGUGGAUGUGGACCACCAGCUUGGGCCAAGGCCUCUGUUUAGCGCCCGCACCCUUUCCACACUGGUGGUGUGCCCUCUAUACAUUAGCGCGGCCUACCAUCAUUUACACUGCUUCAGGCUGCUCCUGAAGGCCGGGGCCAAUCCAGACUACAACUACACCGGCCCUGUGAGCCGUGAAGCUCUGAACAGAGGCCUGGCCUCCUGCCUGCUUGAUGCUGUGCUUAGACAUGGCUGUGAGCCGACCUUCGUUAGACUGCUGCUGGAUCACGGUGCCAAUCCAGUACUUGUGCCAUGGGAGGAACCUGACCAUGAUUCUAUGGGAAGAGUGCGUGUCAACCCUGAGGCCUUACACAUCUAUCAGGAGGCCAGAAAACACCCGAAGAGGUUGACUCAUUUGUGUCGCGUAGCUAUCCGGCAGGUGAUGGGCAAACCCCGCUUGAAACACAUCUCAAGCCUUCCUUUGCCUGAUUCUAUCAAGAAUUUUCUGCUCCACAGAGACUUCUGCUCCCUUUCCUGAAGGAGAUGUGAAUAAAACUGAUGACCCUAAACGCUUUAUUAUGUACUGUACGUCCUUUACCUGUAUAAGGAAACCUGGUAAGUUUUUGUGGGCUGGAUAUAAUGGUGAUGGACAGAAGAUCUAUAAUUCCUCAGAAGGCUUUUGUGCUGUGCUGUGGCUUUAUUUUUACUGCAGUAGCAGUGCAAUCAUGAUGGGGGGAGCACAUUCUCUAAGAAUGCAAACACUACCAGAUUCAUAGCACAUUGUUCUGUAUGAUGCAUGUUGGUAAAGUGUCUUUGUUUACACAAUUUACUUACAGUAGUAUAUUCUAUAAAAGUACUAUAUUCACCUCAAUACUCUAAACGUGUAGUCAUGUUAUCCUGAAAAACAUUUAGAAUAUUAUCUGUAAGAGCAUUGGUCAUUUAUAUUUAAAAAUAAAUUUUAUAUUUCUUAUUUGUUUAUGGUCACUGUGGUACAAAAGUUAAAAAGCCUAAUUUAUGAUUCCGUAUAGGAUAUAUUUAUAUGAUGCUUAACCAUAUUGUUAAACCUUGCAUUUGCCUUAAAUGAAAUUCAGAUGCCUGUAAUAAAACUAUAUUAUCUGUG